GAAAAACUACUUCUAUACUUCAAAGAUGCGGAUGGCAGUUUUGUACCGUUUCACACUCCAAUUUAACCACAAGUGUGAAUUCCGAGUUGAAAUGAUCGUUGCCGCGUUAUCUCCAGAUCUAUGAACAAGUCAGAACACGAAAGUAUUCAAGACUUUUUUCAAGAAGAUGAAAAAAGAAAAAAUGAAGAUUCUACAGAAAUUUUCCAAAGUAAAGGUAAUCCCAUUCUAUCAGAAAGUUUCGUUCAGGACUGUAGCGAUGAGGGUUUUGCCUUGGCAAGGGAACUAUCAAAGUGGACUACGGAGAGAAAUACUUUUGUGUUCGAUGAAAAAGAUGAGAAUGCCACUUGCUGGAUUAAUAUCCAAUCUGAGGUUUCAAAGGAGCCAAACAACAACAUUCUGUCGUCUUCGGCCUCAGGGUCAGCUUAUCCCUCAACAGUUGUCAACCCGUCUUCAGUAAUCAACUCUUUCUUUUCUACGCAUUCAAACGUCGCUCAAUCAAAAUUUCCAGACUCGUUGUACAAACCAGUGGAACCGGAGAACUCUUUUUAUGAAACGGGAAACAGAGGACAGCAAAGAGAAAAGAAUUGUCCUCUGUGGAAAGACGGAUUAACAGCUAAGGAAAUUAUGAAAGAAGAUUGCAACGGUUUGGUCAACUGCAGCUCGUAUUUAGGUAUUGAUAAGAGCUUUACGGAAGAACUGAAGAACUCUAAUGUCGAAGCUACCCAGGAAAGAGCUCUAUCAAUGAAUAGUGUGACCAGGAUCGAGAAACACUCAACAUUUUCAACAAGUAACAAAUUUUCUCAAUCAUCAGAAGAACACUUUAAUAGAGUCAUUAUUUGGUAUCCUAAUUUAGAAGGGAGCUGGUCACUUGGUUUUCUGACUUCAACUGGAGAAGUAUUAGACCUCAAGGGCAACACAGUAUCUUCGUCAACCACUGCAAGAAGUGAAGGAUUCAAUGACACCAAGCGAUAUCACUUAUUUCAUGAAGAUGAUUUGGAAGACUUUGAUGAUGCUGUUGAACUUCGAAGCCUGCAUGAAGCUCCCAUUCUUGACUUACUUCGUCGUAGAUAUACUUCUGAAAAGAUUUAUACCUGCGUUGGAGGAGAGGCGUUGCUUGUCUCUAUUAACCCUUAUUGUCCAAUUCCUGGCUUGUUCAACGAAUCCACAAUGGAAAGAAUUUUUUCCAACCAAUUGCUUGGUUGCAGCUUCCAACCUCAUAUAUUUUCUAUGGCAGAUGCUGCAUAUAGGAAUAUGCUAAAGUCUAAAACUCCACAGAGUCUAAUUAUAUCUGGAGAGAGCGGUGCAGGAAAAACUGAAGCUUGUAAAUUUAUUCUGAAGUAUCUCGUCUUUCUUAACGAUCGAGAGCGCAGUUAUUCUAGUACUUGUUCUAUGUGCAAACUGUAUGGACUGGAUUCUUCAAAUAACAGUGCCGAUGAUUUUUCUAACGUUUUAGUCAGAUCAAGAAUUAUAUCUGAAAAGCUUUUGCAUGCGAAUCCUGUGUUGGAAGCAUUCGGGAAUGCGAGGACAAGUUUAAACUCUAAUUCUUCAAGAUUCGGGAAACUUAUACAGAUAUUUUACUGUUUAGAAACUGGUCAUAUUCUUAGUGCUCGUGUUCGACAGUUUUUAUUCGAAAAAUCUCGAGUAUCUUGCGCAUCGCAUCGUUUUGGAGAAAGAAACUAUCAUAUAUUCUAUCAAAUGAUUGCUGGAGCUUCUCCAAACGAGAGACAGUCGUGGCUUCUUGCAGAUUCUGUAACUUGCUACAGAUAUUUACAUGGAACAGCUGCAAGUUCGUUGAAUAGAAAAGAAGAUUCACUAGACUUUGAACGGACUAAAACUUCUAUGUUGUCACUUGGCCUUAGGCAAGAAGAAAUGGAACGAAUAUUUUCUAUCUUGUCAGGAAUUUUGGCUCUUGGAAACGUUGAUUUUAUUUGCGACGAAAGCGAGACAUGUCUUCUAAGGAAUCCUUCAGUUCUUGAGACAGUUUGCAAAUUAUUGAUGUUGGAUGCGACAGAAUUGAGUCAUGCUCUCACUACAACCGCAGUGAUUGUGAGAGGUGAGAGAUUCGAAAGACGACGCUCAGUUGAUCAAGCAACGCAUGCCAGAGAUGCUUUGGCAAAGCAUAUUUACGAAAUGGUUUUUGAAUAUCUCGUUUGUCGUCUUAAUCAACUUUUGGAUCCUUCUACUUAUUUGCCUCAGCAAGAGGGUACUUUGAAGCUUCCUAUAGACUCGUUGGUUCAUGAUCAGCUGAGGAACUCUGAGCUUUCUGUCUUGGAAGACUCAACACAUAUCUCUUUUCUUGCCAUACUUGAUCAGUCUGGAUUUGAAGUGACUUGUGAUAAUUCAUUGGAACAGUUGUUAAUUAACUACUCAAAUGAGAAGCUACAGCAGCAAUUCAACGAUCGAAUCUCUCAGUGCGAACGGCAGAUUUACGAUGAAGAAGAUGUCCCCUUUAACAUGCACGAUAUGAGCAAUGACGACUGUCAAAAUCGUCUUGAUGCGUUGGAAAGAAGACCUUUAGGUUUGUUGCACUUGUUAGAUGAAGAAUGUUUGGCUCCCAGAGGGACGGAUGAUAGAUUCCUUCAAAAACUUUAUGAUACUUUGCAGAGCUCUUCAGAGGAAUAUAAAAGUUUCAUACGAAUAUCGGAACUCGGUAGAAGUCGAGGAGAGUUUUUGUUUCGACAUUUUGCUGGUGAUGUUGUGUACCAUACUCGAGACAUUGUUCUGAAGAAUAGGGAUCAUUUACAUGGUGACUUAGUUCAAGUUUUGAAGAAUUCCUCCAAUCCAAUAUUCUUGGCGAAUAGUUGGAUGUUUGAGGAAUCAGACAACUUUAGCACUGUUCGCCAAACAGCAUCUUCGUCAUUUUUCGAGAGCUCUUUUGACAUGUCUCGGAAUGGUCCUUUUGAAACCUCCUCUUUUGGUUCCUCUCCGCUUACUUCGACAGUUCUUUCUCAGUUUCGACCACAACUUGCAAUUCUUAUGGAAAUUCUCAGUUCGACAAGUCCUCGUUAUGUUCGUUGUCUUAAACCUAACAGUAGAAUGAGGCCUCGUGAGUUUAUUGGAAAAGAUGUGUUGAGACAACUGGAAUGCUCGGGGGUCUUUGAAUACGUUCGUCUAAGAAGAAUUGGCCUUCCAGUGAGAGUUCCUCACGACGACUUUUUUUACCGUUUCAAGAAUAUUUUAUAUGGCAUUGAUAUAGGAACACAAAAUGUAACUUUGGAGUUUCUCCUUGAAAGAAUAGUUGCAAGAGCUGAUACUAUCUUUGACAAACGUUAUGCAAUUGGUAGAAGCAAAGUUUUUGUUUCUGAUGAAUUGUACAAAUAUUUGGAACAUAUGAGGUUUGGAACGUUCACUACAGCAGCUAUCAGAAUUCAAAAGCAAUGGAAAAUGUGCUUGUUACGUCGAGAAUUCCUAAUAUUGCGUCAUCGAGUGAUUUUUGCUCAAAGUCUUAUUCGUUGUCGCGGUCCAAGAAAUACUUUUCUUCGAGUCAAAUGUUCUUGUAAAAGAAUCGAGGCAGUUUACUUAAUGUGGCAAACGAAAAUUGAAUAUGAACGGUUACGAAACGCAACUCUCGUUUUCCAAAAGCUCACGAGAAGGUGGAUUGCAUGUAAUUUGGAACGCUUAAAAGUUAUUCGAGCGGCUACCGUGAUUCAAAGACAUUUUAGAUCUUAUUGGAUACAACGGAGACAUCGUGCAUGUGUCCGCAUCCAACGUCUUUGGCGGUCUUAUUUAGCGCUACGAUAUUAUUUGAAGUUGAAGAGAAGUGCAAUAAAAAUUGAGGCGUUUUGGAGAUGUCAUUUGCAGAGGAAACAGUUUCUUAUACUUUGCAAAACCGCCGUAUUAUUGCAAACUUUGUGGAGAAUGACUUGUAAGAGAAAAACAUUCCUUCAGAUGCAUAGAAGUGUUUUGUACGUUCAAAGUCAAAGAAGGAUGGUAGUGUCUCGGGUAUAUUUUUUAAGCUUGCUAAGAGCUGCUUGCGAAAUUCAGUCAUUUUUUCGCAGAUAUCUUGCACGGAAACAAUUUACUAAAAUUUGUGAAGCAACUCGUCUUAUUCAGCGAAGAUUCCGAAGAUACAUGGCAGCUCAACGGAUUCUUGCAAACAUUCGUGGCUAUUUAGAACGAAAGCAUUAUCUGACAAAAAUUCACUCCAUUCUGACCAUGCAAAGAUUGGUUCGUCGAUGGUUCGCUCGUAAAUUUUUUUCAUAUUUGUAUGAUAUUUCACUACAUCAGUUUUCAGCUGCUCCUGUGUCUUCUCAUGUUCUUGUUGUAGGUGCACAAGGUGUUGGAAAAAGCUCCUUGAUCAACCUCAUGUUCGGUAGAAAGGUAGUGCCAGUCAUUGGAGUUGAUUUUCAAUGUGAUUCACUAGAAACAAGUGUGAUUUCAGAUGCCAUUGAAGUUUCUGGUCCCAAGUUAGUUACGGAUUUGUCAUCAUCAACAGGAGUAAGAGUAGAUCAGGUGCGAGAGCUUUCUAAUGUCCAUGUUCGAGCGAUUUCACUUCCAGGGCUUACUCUACUUGAUACUGUUGGACUUUAUGAUAUUUUUUCUGCCCAGGCUUUGGUCAGUCAUCUCCGAGAAUUACCACCAAUUAAUAUAACUUCUGUUAUUUUUGUGGACCGUUUUGAUUCGUAUCGUAUACCGGAAGAGUCUUUGCGAGCCUUAGCUAUCGCAUUUGGUCCUCAAAUAUUUGAAAGAACUAUAUUUUCGUUUACGCAUGCUGAUGCUCCGCUUAAGAAGAAUGUCAAGCCUGAACACGUGUUACAAGUGAAGAUAGCAGCACUCUCAAAUGUGGUUCAAAGAAUUACAACUGAGUUGCUGGACGGCUGUUCCUUGGACUCGAUACUUUCAGAAGUGAAUAAUGACGGGAUUCCUGUUUGUUUGUUUGACACGUCAGAAUUCACAUUUGACUGGAGAGUCGACAAUCCCUUGAAUUUUGCGUCUUUGAGACGACUCGUUUCGGAACUCUUGAGACAAAGUAGGCUGUGUUAUGUUUGGUCCAAUGUUUCCUAUCGUUCAGAGAAUUUGAGUCAUUCUCUAAUGAAAAAACGAAGUGGGAACUAUUAUUCGUACUUUCACACACUUGGAGUAAGUCCAAGUGCUACUUUUGAAGAAAUCCGUCGUACAUAUAGAAGACUUGUCUUGAAAUAUCAUCCUGAUAGAAAUAGAGGUAUGGGAACCGAAAAUGUUGCUCAAUUUCGGAGGAUUGUACAAGCAUACCAAGCCCUGAAUGAAUAUUACAAAGGCCCUGACGAGAAUGUUUCAGAUGUUUGGUGGAAUGAAGAGAUGCUGCUUUCGUUUUGUUUUGAAGUUAGUCUUCAGACGAGUCAUGGAAAAUAUUUUCAUUGUUCGGAGGAUGAUCCUCUCCUUACUUGUCAAAAGCUAAGUGAAGUUGACUUUUGGUCAGGAAAGGUAACCGAUGAUUCUCGUUUCAUUAUUUGGUUCGUUCCAUGCUCAAAACUUGGGAAGUUUGCAAUAUCUACACUGAAUGGAAGGUUUCUCACGUUAGAUAGAAAUCAUCACUUGGUUCUUCAACGUCCUCCAGCAUAUGUAUUUCGUGAUGGUUGUCUCAAUGAAGAAGUGUUUGAAAUGCCAGCUUUUCUAUUUUCUCUGAAAUUUUUUCCUGGUAAAGGCUUUGUUACUAUAAAGGCACCAAACGGGCGUUUUGUAUCAGCUACAAAGAAAGAUAAUCUUCUGAUAGCAGAUCGUACAAAAGCAAAGGGAUGGGAGAUCUUUUCUUGGCGUCUGAAUCCUUCUUUUCGUCAUCCUUGUUAUACAUUUGAUGACAUCGUUCACAAUCAGUUUGUUGCCAUUGUUCAUUCAAACAAUGGUUUAUUUUGGGAAAGCGAUACAAAGCUAAAGAGAAUCAGAACCAGAGGACAACAGAUGGAAACUGCAGAGCGCAUUCUUUUCGAAUUUUGUGGCUUUAAAGCAAGUAGCGAGAGUAACGCCCGGUUUCCGGAAUACCGCCUUCGUUGUGGAGAUGGGAGAGUAAUAUGUGCUGGUAAGGAUGGUAGAGUAAUCACCGUUCAGACGUGGGAAAGAAGCCAAGAAUCAUUACUACUGCAAAGAGGCCGUCUUGUAUCUCGUUUCUCUUUACAGUUCAAGGACAGAGGACGAGUUGUCUUUUCUUACUCAUCAAAUUAUGAAGAUAUGUUUUUGUGUUGUGAUGAACGGAGAGGCAUUCUCUCUUCAAGGCUGACGAAGGACGAGACUCUUGUGACAUUUGUUCUCUCAUUUCUGUUCGAAGACUACGAAACCAUAAGAAGAAUUGAUUAUUUGGCAAAGGACACAAGUAUCUCAGAAACAGAAUCGAUGGUUUCGGAAAAUUCUUAGAAUAAUUUGCGUCACUUCGCUUGA